AUGACAGCGACUCGGACGGCAACCCGUUUUCAUUUGAGGCUUUCUUGAAGAAGAAGACCUGUUCAGAAAAUGAAGACUGCUCUCAUGAAACUGAGUCUGCUGGGAAAGAAGAAGCCAAAUGUGGAGAUCGUCGGCAAACGGAAAAGAAGGAAACGCCGAAGGUUUUGACAUCGACGGCUACCGAUAAAAGUUCUGUAAAUGUCAUGGGACUCAUGCCUGGGCUGUCUGACUCUGACUCUGCUGUCAGUGUCGUCACUGGGUUGUUUCCUGACGAUGUCACCGAUGGACGUGCCGGACGUGGUGGAGAUGGUUUGAUUGGUAGUGAUCAAUCAGGAGAAAAAGAGGUAGAUCCAAAUAAUCCCUUUUCCUUCAAAGAGUUUGUCAGGAAGGACAAGAGGAAAGCUGUUUACUACACAUCCAAGGAGGACAGCGUAGACCAGCCGACAGCCAGUCAAAACGAAGUGCAUGAUGGGUGUGAAGAGAAGGAAUCUACCAAACAUCUGCAUGAUAUUUUCAGUGGUGAUUAUGUGGAUAUGGGGAACCAGACAAGUCAGGUCUCGCAGGGGAGCAGCCAAUCUGACGGUAAGACCUCUCAGCGACGAGCAACGAGCAGCGGCAUCCCAAGCCGCUCUCGAGGAAAAGCUCAUCGCUCAGCUCAAAGCGCAAUCAAUCCUGUACCAGCAAUCCCACCUCAUGGAUCUCACCCCGACUACGAUACUGUGGCAACAUCUACAAGCAAUCCUGUGAAGGUCACACCCAUAACAGCCACCGUUGUGGACAGCGCAGCAAAAGGCGCUGAGUUUGUAGACUUCAUUUACGAUUACGCCACCAAGGACGAUGAUCAAGAAGGCGGGGAGAUCACCAUCCGGAGCAACACGGGCACCAACAUGAGCAACGGUCCCCCUAAGCCUGUCGAUCGCAAACACGGACGGGAACGAGCCAGGGCUCACACUCAUGGCCACUGCCCGAGGAAGCAGAAGCCAGCAGCCGCCAACAAGGCAGGGAACACCAAGAGCCAGCUGGUGGUGGAUUACAUGGAUGGGACCAAUCAUUCUGAUGAGCAGCUGUCCCCUACUUCCUUGUCGCCCUCCUUGACAGUACCACAUUUUACGGUGAAUGGAACAGAAGUCGAAGAGUCUCUUGGACCGAAACCAGGCAGGGAACGCGCCAGGGCCCAAUCCCACGGCCAUAGGAAGAAACUCCCCAAGAAGAUCCCAGAACCUCCCAGUAAGGAAACUACCAAGUCCGUCCCGGAGAUUGUCCAUGCGGUGGCCGCUGAAAAUGUCCACAAUCUGCGUAAGGGCAUAUACAAAGAAAAUGGGCCAACACCUGUUAACAAGUCCUGUGAUUUUGUCUCAAAAGAAAACGGCGAGAAUACUUAUGAGGCAUUUCCCAUGGUGAAUGAGGAUGCCAAAUCCAUCCCUGAAGGCGUUGAGGAUUUAACGGCCGAGGUGAUCAGAUUGAGGGGCAAUAACAAACAUCUGAGACAGGAACUUGUCGAUGCUAAGAAGGCUGUUGAGAAAGAUGCAAAAAAGAUUGAAGGAAUGGAGGUUGAGCUGAGGAGACUUAGAGAGCGUGAAGCAGAGGAUGCUAAGACCCUGGAGACCAUGGUGCAUCAUGUAGAGGCAAACCUUAAGAGAACAACGGAAAGAGCUGUCACUGCAGAAACUACAAUCACAAAGCUCAAAUCUGAAAUAAAAAGUUUCAAGUCAGAGAUAAACGCCCUCUCCAGCAAGAACAAGAAACUAGAAGAAGGAACUGCACUGAAAGAGCUGAAAGAUAAAGCUCACUCUUCCUCCAUCAAGCUUGCAACGGCCGCCAAGGAGGCAGAAGCAACCAUCAAACAAAUGGCAGGUGGAGUAGAGGCCCUGAAGCUUCUUGCGGAGACCCUUGCCUGCAUUGAUCGUGUAUCAGAAGAAAUGCCCAAGUCUUUCGGCACAGCAUUAUGAGAAAUAAGGCGUCAUAAAUACUGCCAGUUUUCAACGUUUU